AUGUUCUUUUUUCGUACGACAAGUGCGCUAGCCGAUCGUUUCAAUAUCAAACGGAAAGGAGCAUGGCCAUCUGCUUACCUCUCCGUUCAGGAGGUUAUCGAUUGUGCAGGUACAGGUAGUUGCGAAGGUGGCGAACCUGGUGGUGUUUACAAAUAUGCCCAUGAAUUUGGCAUACCACAUGAAACGUGCAAUAAUUAUCAAGCAAGAGAUGGAACUUGUUCACCAUACAAUAAAUGCGGUUCAUGUUGGCCUGGAUCAUGCUUCUCGAUCAGAAACUAUACCAUAUAUAAAGUGAGAAAUUACGGGGUUGUUUCGGGUCUGAAAAAGAUGAAAGCAGAAAUUUACCAUCAUGGUCCAAUCGCGUGCGGUAUUGCUGCAACAAAAGCAUUCGAAACAUAUGGAGGAGGGAUUUACAAUGAAAAAACGGACGACGAUAUUGACCAUAUCAUAUCCGUUCACGGCUGGGGAGUUGAUUACGAAUCUGGCGUGCGGUAUUGGAUCGGUAGAAACAGUUGGGGAACGCCGUGGGGCGAAAAUGGAUGGUUCCGAAUCGUAACAUCUGAAUAUAAAAAUUCUAGUUCGAAGUACAAUCUAAAAAUCGAAGAAGAUUGCGUCUGGGCUGAUCCCAUUGUAUAA